GUGAUGAAAAAUCCUAUACUUGGCACAAAAAUAGUCAAAACAAUUCCAAAAUCUUUAAAAUUCAAGUAAAAUAUUAGUUGCACACGAAAGAAAAAGCGUUACACUACACUAAGCAGUUGAACAAGUAAAAAAGAAAAACAAAAAAGUUAAUAAACCAAGAGUGCAACGAAACGCGGCAAAUUGUGCCAACUGUGGGGAGGGAGAGAAGGUGGUAGGGCUCUUGCUGCUGCGCCUACGCAUAGUGCAAAAAUGUACAGUUGCAACUAAAUAGUUACAAAAACAAAUUACAAAACACAAAAUCGAAUCAAAUAUGCAGCAAGUGGACGAUCCACCAUCGCUGCCCGUGGGCACGGAGGUGAGUGCCAAAUACAAGGGUGCUUUCUGCGAGGCGAAAGUUAGCAAAGUAGUCCGCAAUAUUAAAGUGAAGGUUGCCUAUAAACAAGGUCUGGGCACGGGCAUAGUACCCGAUGAUGCUGUUAAAACAGCGGUGGGUCAGAUGCGCGUCGGCGCCACAGUCGAAGUGCGCCAUCCAGAUCGAAAAGAGACCGUAGAGGCCACCAUACUCAAGGUACAGGAUUGCUCACAGUAUACAGUGGUGUUUGAUGAUGGCGACAUUACCACGCUGCGUCGCACGGCGCUAUGUCUGAAGAGCGGCAGACAUUUUAAUGAAAGCGAAACCUUAGAUCAGUUGCCACUAACACAUCCAGAGCAUUUUGGCAAUCCCGUAGUAGGCGGUCGUCGUGGACGACGGCGUGGUCAAUUGAACGAUGAUAGCUCCGAUGAUGAUGAUGAAUGCGAUCCCAAGGAGGUGGUCAAUGAGAAAGAGGAGCAUAUUGGCAAAGUGGUAUGCGUUGAAACGGAAUCCAAGAAAAAAGACAAAGAGAAAUGGUUUCCAGCGCUUGUGGUGGCGCCCACAGCUCAAGCCAGCAAGCAGGCCACCGUGCGCAUACGCGUUAAAGACGAAUACCUGGUGCGUUCAUUUAAGGAUGGACGCUAUUAUACGGUGCCCAAAAAGGAGGCCACCGAAUUUACGCGCGAAAUGGCCAGCAAACAAGAUGUGCCCGCGGUGCAGGCAGCCUUGGAAUUUUUAGACAGCAGCAUAUUGCCUGCCCACUGGGAUCGAGAUUCACUGUUCGGGGUCGCUACCCUAACCACCGAUGAUGAGGCUGAAGUUGAAAGCGACUCCUCCGAUGAUGAGCCGCAUGAGGAGAAAGAUUUAUUUGUGGCCCAACUAUACAAAUACAUGGAUGAUCGUGGAACACCACUCAACAAGGUGCCCUCCAUACAAAGUAAGGAUGUGGAUCUCUAUCGCUUAUUCCGUGCUGUUCAAAAGCGUGGCGGUUACAAUCGUGUCACAGCCAAGAAUCAAUGGAAGGUCAUAGCCGUGCGCUUGGGCUUUACGCCAUGCACAUUUAGUAUCAUGAAUCUGGUGAAGCAGGCCUAUAAGAAAUUUCUACAACCCUAUGGAGACUUUCAUCGCAAGCUGGGCUGCUCUAUGCUAAUGACAUCACGCAAUUCAAAUCGCAGCAAAGGACGCAGUUUAGUGCGCGCAAAUUCGGUAGCUUCGCCCAAGCCGGCGGAAUCCAAGGCGGAGACCAUGAGCAAGCUGGCGAUGGCUAAUCAAGCAGCAGCCGCAGCAGCUGCGGCGGCAGCAGCAACAGCAGCAGCCGCCGCUGCUGCAGCAGCAACUACCACAGCCUCAACAGCAACAACAACAGCAACAGCCACAACAACUUUUCCUGCUGCAACUACUUCCGCCGCCGCUGCUGCGACAGCAACUACAACAAGCACUGCUAAGAAGCCUAGGACCGUCUCCACUACUUCGCAAUCUGCUGCCGAGGAGGAGGAGCCUGCAAGCGAGCCCACCGUUGUUGUUGAGCCGCCUGUCAAGAAGCGCAAGGCCUCGGCCGGCAAAGUAAAAAGUCUAGUUGAAAAAUAUGAAGAGAAGUCGGCUACAACUGAAACUGUACUUGUUGCAACAGCAACAGUUUCUGCUACUGCUUCUACUGCAAAAGUUGCAACUGAAACAAGUCCAACCGUUGCUACUGCUGCGGCUGCUGCUCCAGCUUUGGUAGCAUCUACUUCAACUGCAGCGUCUGCUGCUGCUGCUGCUGCCACCGCCACCGCCAAAGACGUGGAGGCAGAUAUACCCCUAUCCAAAAUUAAAGCUGCUGCUGCUGUUGCUGCUUCUACUACUUCCAUUGGAGUUACCACACGCAGAAGCACGGAUAAGGAAGCAAGUCACAGCAACGCCUCCAGCAAAGCGGCGAGUCGCAGUCGGGACGCGUCGCCCACACCGGCAACAACUGGAGGAGCUACUGCCGCUCCAGGUUCUGGAGCUAGUGCAAAGAAGGAGAAACAGCAACAACGCAAACAGCCCGCGGAGAAACCCGAUGAGAAGCGCGGCAAGCGUAAGAAGGAAGAAAUAAGCGUCGAGAAAAUCGACACGGGAGACUUUAUAGUUGGCGUCGGUGACAAGCUAAAGGUGAACUAUCAUGAGAAGAAAUCGCCGAGCUCACAUGGCAGCACCUACGAAGCCAAGGUGAUCGAAAUAGGCGUGCAACGCGGCGUGCCGCUGUAUUUGGUGCAUUAUACGGGCUGGAACAAUCGCUAUGAUGAGUGGGUGCCACGCGAGCGUAUUGCUGAGAAUCUAACCAAGGGUUCGAAGCAAAAGACGCGAACUGUGAGCACCAGCAGCGCCAAUAGUGGUGGCGCACCCACAACCAGCAGCAGUACACCAGGCGCCAAUGCGCCCAACAGCGGAGCAGGUGCGCAGAUGCUAAAGGAUACGCCCGGCAAGGCAACCCAGCAACAAGCCGGCGCCAAAACACCCACAACAGCAGGCGGUAAGCGUGGACGCGGACGCAGCGAUUCCAUGCCGCCACGCUCCACCACACCCUCCUCAAUGGUCUCCAACUCGAGCCGCAACAAAUCGCCUGCUGCCUCGCAGUCGCAGCCUAAGCAGAAGCGUCCUACCCGCACGCUCCCCAGCAGCAGCACCAACAGCAGCAGCAAUACACCAAGACGCAUAUCCGGUCCAGCAUCUGUAUCAGCCAAUCAAUCGGACGCUUCAAUGGCCAGUGAAACAGACAGCGAAUUCGACGAGCCAGUGCGUCGACCCAAGCGUCUCAGCGUCAAGGAGCAGCAGCAAAUGAAGAAAGCUGCUGCAGCUACAGCAGCAGCAGCAACUUCUGCUAGCGGCAAAAAACUCGCAGCACAGCGUCAACAAAGCGCCAGCGAAGACAGCGACGAGGAGGACGAUGAGCAGCCACAAGCAGCAACAGCUCAGUCGAGCAAGGCAGCUGCAGCCGCACAACAGCAAUCAUCGCCAGCAAUACGUUCGCGCGCUGGCAAUCGUGCGCUCAGCAGCGGCAGCGCCAUAGCUGGCAAGGGGCGUGACUAUGAUCUCAGCGAGAUACGCUCGGAGUUGAAGGGAUUCCAGCCGCAGCUGCUGGAGCGCAAGGAUGCAAUCAAAGCGGAGCCCAGCGACUCUGCCAGCAACACCAAACAGGAGCCGAAAACAGGCAGCUCCACGGAAGUGUCCUCAGAGACAGAUUCAUAUAUUGAUGAGGACUCGCAGUCGUCUGACAAAAUGCCGUAUAAUAAAAAGAAUAAACCAACACCCAAGGUCUCGGCCGCAUUAAUGACCGGCCCACUCAAUGAGCAGAAGCUGUCAGCUCUGGAGAGCAGCAGCACUAAAAAGGAAGCCGAGCUGAGUGUUAAACAGGAAGCUGAUUGCAAACUAUUCAAAAUGGAAGUCAAGGAGGAAACUAAGGCCGAGAUUAAGCCGUUGGAAAAACGAUCAAGUAUAAUAGCGCCUGCUAAAUUUGGCGCCCCACAGCAACAGUCGAUUGGCAAGUGCACCUCGGUUAUUGUGGAGAAGCCUUUAACCAUCUUGGCCAAACCCACAUUGUCAGCCAACGUCCUGGCAGCAGGCAAGAAGUCGGAGCUGCUCAAGAAGCAACAAGCAGCAGCCGCAGCAGCAGAGGGCAAUAAAAAGUUUAUAGAGCCUGGGCUGCUUAAGGAAACAGCCACAUUGAAGGUGGAACCGCCAGCUGCCUGCUCACCCUCCAGCUCCAGCUCUUCAUCCAGUUGCUGUUCCAGCAGCAAUCAAUCGGCCGUUACCGUAAGCAGCAGCAGCGCUGCUUCGGUCUCACGCUCGCUGCCCGACAUGAGCAAGCUCGAAAUAAGCAGCGGUGUGGCAACAACAACAACCACAGCUGCUGGUGGCGCCACAGCUAAGGAUGGAAAAUACGGCGGCAGCAAGCUGCACUCCUCGGAUAUUUACGAGUUUAAAGACACUGAACCGUUUGAGUUCAACAAGCGCAUCUCGCCCAUGACUUCCAUGGGAUGUGCCCCUGCCAGCGGCACUGGUGUCAUCAAUCUCAGCAGCAGCACCAGCAGCACACCGACCGCAGCUGUUGCUGUUAGCCCAGCAACUGCACGCAAGCAGGCGCUUAAAGCCAGCGCCAUACAGCACAGCUUUGAGCAACAUCAGCAACCAUUUGGAGCAGCUGGUGCUGCAGCAGCAGCAGCUGCUGGCGGUGCUGGUCUUACUGCUACUGCGCCAGCAACGGCAACGCCAGUUGUUACUGCUACCCCAACAGCAGCCAAAGGUAAAAAGCGCGGCUCGCCCUUGAAAGAAUCUGCCUUGGAAAAGGCAAAGCUAAGCAAAUUGGAGCAGCAACAGCUGCCAACUGCGGGCGUCAAGUGUGCAACAGCCUCAUUAGCAACAGCCUCAUUAGCAACAGCAAAAUCAGCAACUGCUGCUGCUGCUGCUGGAACUGUACUAGCAACACCCACGCAUGCCACGCCCUUUGAUGUGCUACGCAAAUCGCCAAGCUUCAAUUUGAACAUAACCGCACUCAAUGAAGAACUGCAGGAGGCAUCACGUGCGCUCACCGAUGCACUCCAGCCGCCCGCAACGCCUGGCGCAGCAGCAGCAAUCACAACGCCUGCAACGCCGCCCACAGCAACAAACCUGGUGCUAUCCUCACCCAAGCAAAGCACACCAACCAACCAAACCAAGUCGGCACAGCAGCAAGCGGCGUCACAUAUUGUGGGCAGUCCAUUUAUGGAAACACGCAAUGUCUUCGAGCUGAGCACCUCCAAUGAAGGCAGCGGCUACAGCUCCGGCGAGUCCAACAAGGACAACAAAUUGGAGAAACUUGAAAAUGUAAAGAUCUUGUUGGCCGGCACCGCUGGACCCUUUGACCUGGAUGCUGUCAAGUAUGAGCAAAAGCCCAGUUCCAUAGCAGACAAGGUGCUCAAAGCCAUAAGCCAAAAGAAGGAGGAGGAGGAGCAAAGCAAAACCAAACAGCAAAUUGAGGACAAGGAGCAAACAGCCAAGGAGCAACCACAGCAACAGCAGCAGCCACCACCACCACCACCACCAGCACCACCACAGCAGCUGCAACCUCCGCUGCUGCAGCCAGAGCUGCCACCCAAGCUGGAAAUGCUGAAGCUGCUAAGCGAGCCGCUAAAAAUACAAAUCGCUCCGUUGCCAAUCUUGCCAAUGAUUUAUGGCCAGCAGCAGCGCAGCCACAGCAGCAGCAACAGUCCCGAAACCAAGUCCAUACUCGAAGCAGCGCUGCCCGCCAAGAACAGCGAGCUAAGCGAGACUAUACAAAAGCUGGAAUGCGCCAUUCAACAACGCAAGACGCCAGUGGCUAGCACGCCGCCUGUUACGCCAGCGGCACCACCAGCGGUAACAGCAGCACUGCCAGUGCCCACCACUGGGGCUGCUAGCUACUCGGAUGAGUCCUUGGACAGCACUGAUUCCGAGCAGCGUUUGGUCAUUGAAGACGUGCCCACUGAGGAUUGUGCCAGCAAUGCCAAGAGUCCCACUUCGGAGAACUCCAACAGCUUGAGCAACUCGGCUCCCGUCAAGCUGGACGGCACCAAGCAACUGUCGGGCGUGGCCGCGCCCAUAGCACUGAAGCCGUUGAUGCUGCUGCAGGCCUCCGGGCCCUGCGCCAGCCCGCCCAGCACAACAACAACGUCGUCGAGCAGCUUGACCACAGGUGUGCCCAUAGUGCUGCCCGAAAUACCCGUGUCUGUUGUAAUGACCAUGCGUCAAAGUCCCGGCGCUAAAAGUCAGGAUAGUGACAUCAAGCCAGAGGAAACUGCAAGAAGCACAUUCCAGCUGCCCAGUCCCACGCGAUCAGAAGUAUUCACGCCGCCAACGCGAGGCUUUAUACUAGACUCCCAGCAAUCGUCGCCUGCGCCUGUCGCCGACAGCAGCAACUCGCUGCUUAGCGAUGCUGCCGCUCAUAAUGAGGCUUCCAUUAAUUUGCUUUGCGAGGAGACCAUACCGGGCAGUCCGGCGCCCAUUUACAGCAGCAAGGAUGAGCCGACAAGCACAUCGACAGCAGUUGCAGCCCCGCUGUCCGGCAUAACUCCCUUGCCGCCAGAUACGAUGCAACCAGCACCGCGUGGCAGUCUCAUUGUAACUGCGCUACUGGAACAACAGCAACAACAGCAGCAGCAGCAAAUCUUUGCCACAAGCUCGCCAAAUUCGCCCGCUAGUCAGGAUGACAGCAGCGAGGAGGCUGGCAGCAGCAGCAUGCUCUAUAGAAAUAAAAAGUACGCUGGCAUGGAUAACAAUGCAGCUUCGUUGGGUCUGCGUCGCAAGCGUCCACGCAGCAGCAAGAACACCGAGGGGCAGUUGCAGCAUGCCACAAUAAGCGAACUUCAUGCCAUGGGCAAGCGACGACGACAGCAGCUCAACAGUCUGCGCAAGACGACAGCAACCACAACUGCUGGCUCUGAUACGGAUGAUAAUUCGGAUACGAUUGUUACCACGCAGCGGCAAAGUGCACGUCAGCAAAUGCUGCCGCAAGCACAGCAGCAACAGCUGCAACAGCAACAGCAGCAGCAACAACAACAACUACAACAGCAGCAGCAGCAAAUGGUGCUGCAACUACAGCAGCAGCAGCAGCAACAACAACCAGUAAUUGUUAAUACCAGCGGCGUGCGGCCUUGUCCUUACAACUUUUUGGUCGAAUUGGAUCCCUCACUCAGCGCCGAGGAGUGCAUCUCCAUACUGCGCAAGCAGAUACAGGAUCUGCGCAAAGCCUACAACAGCAUCAAGGGCGAGCUGGCGCUUAUUGAUCGCCGUCGCAAGAAGAUGCGUCGACGUGAACGCGAAAAGAAGCAACAUCAAGUCCAGCAGCCCAAAGUGGGCGCUUAAGUCUAAACUAUAUAUAU